AUGAACCAGGCCCCCACGGUGGGUUUUGAGGGAGACGUGGGCAGUCGGACCACACACCACUUCAUGUACCCCGAGAGUGCCAAGAACCUGCCAGCCAACGUCAGCUUUGUGCUGGUGCCCUUCAAAACCCUGGACCUGCUCUGGAUCGCCAGUGCCCUCUCCACCGGCCAGAUCAGGUUCACGUACGCGCCUGUGAAGCCUUUUCUGCGGGUGGACAAAGAAAAGGUGCAGAUCUACAAUCCUGCCUUCUUCAAGUACAUCCACGAUCGCUGGACAGAGCACCAUGGGCGCUACCCCUCCACUGGCAUGCUGGUGCUCUUCUUCGCCCUCCACGUCUGUGAUGAG